CCCUGCGCGGCUCCGCGGGCUCGGAGCGGGGGCGGAGGGGGGCGUGGCCUGCGGAGCCACGCCCCACAAACCGCAGCCCACACGGUAAGCCACGCCCACAACACGGUCCCAUUUGUGGGCGUGGUUACUACAAAACCCCGCCCACAGUGGGCGGGGCCACGUUGGUAUUGGGGAGCCCCCCAUGUAGGGAUUUUGGGGGCGGGGUUUGGUUUGAGGUUUAAAGGGGGCGGAGCCAACUGUGUGGGUCCUUUAAGAGGAUCUGGCCCUUUAAGAGAGGGGGGAGGGGCGUGUGAAGAGGUGUCUGGCCCUUUAAGAGGGGGUGGGAACCACCGGAGAAGGAGUGUUUUAAAGUGGCCUGGCCCUUUAAGAGGAGUGGGCCCCACACGUGGGGCUCUGGAGGGGGUCACGCCCUUUUAAGACGGUUUUUAAAGGGGUCUGGCCCUUUAAGGAGCCUGAAGGGUCCUCAGAGUGGGCUCAGGGCCUUUUGGGACGGGGGUAAAACGGUGUGAAAUGCGCUUUAACGGCGGUUUGGCCACUGAAAGGGUGUUUUAAAGGAGGUCUGGCCCUUUAAGGCUGCCGGGGUCCACAACGGCGCCAUUUGAAGGGGCUCUGUCCCUUUAAGCCGCUCUUAAAAGGGGCAGAACCCUUCCCACAGCUUUUUACAGGCCUUAGUGGGGCCCCACGCCGCAUCGCCGCUUUAAGACCGCCGCCUUCACGCGGCCACUUCCGGGAAGGCGGGAACAAAAUGGCGGCGGGGCCUGCGGGGGUCCCGGGGGUCUGCGGGGACGGGGAGCGCUCGGAGACCCCCGGGACCCCCCCGGGCUCCCCCCCGGAGCGGCCCCGCGUGCGGCGGCAGCGCGGGCGCUUCCUGGUGUGGGCGCCGCGGGCGGCGCGGGCGCUGCGGGAGCGGCACCGCGUGUGGGGGGCGCUGGUGGGGGCCCCGCCGCGCCGCGGCCGCUGCCGGCCCGCGGGGCCGCGGCUGCCGCUGCAGCUGACGCCGGAGGAGGCGCGGGCGCUGCGGGAGAGCGGCGGAGCCACCGAGGAGCCGGUGGGCGGGGCCGAGGCGGAGCGCGAGGAGCCCCCCGCCGGGUGGGGGCGGGGCCAGAGCCGCGCUGGCCACGCCCCCUCCUGGCCACGCCCCCUCCGCCGAGCGGCGCUUCCGGGUGUUCCGCGCGCUCUGGGGGCGGGGGCCUGCACCUGACCCGCGGCGGGAAAUUCGGCGGCGACUUCCUGGUGUACCCGGGCCCCCCCUCGCAGUUCCACGCAGGCGCAGUGGCGCUGUGUCCCUGCAGUUCGCGGCCGCAGCCGCUGGGGGCGCUGCUGGCGGCCGCGCGCCUCGGCACGAGCGUGCGCAAAGCGCUGCUGCUCUGCGCCGCGCCGCCAGGGGGCGCCCUGGCCUGCACCGCCCUCACGUGGCGCGCCGACCUCACGUGACCCGGCAGGGGGCGGGGCCGCGCGGGGAUUUUCCCGCGCUUGGCAAAACGCGGGAAAUUAAAAGAACUUUUUUUAUUAAUAGUAGUAAUUAAAAUAAAAUUGAUUUUUUUGGA